CGAUGGGUGUCUCCUGUUGUAUAAUUCCCCGCAAUCUCCCUUCCCCCUAGUGGUUUAAACAUUUGAAUUGACUACGGACACCGACAAACUCUUUAAAAUUAAUUCUGACGAAUCUUCUAAGAAAUAUUUUGGAAGUUUUGUUUUGGUUGGGAGGCGGUGAGAAUUAUAUGAAUUUAUGCAAAAGAUCGCGUUUCAAUAGAAGGUUCAAAUCUAUUCUGUUUUGUUUUAGAUAAUUCUUUUUUAAAAAUGUUUUCCAUCUUUCCGUUUUGACUGUUUCAGAUUUAACAAAAAAAAAGGAGCAGGGGAAACGGCAAUUAAUCCGGGGGAUUAAAUGCGAUUAUUAAAACAGUUUUUUUUUCUUAAACAAAUGAAAACAUUCAGUUGCAAAACAAAACAUCCAUCACGAAGACGGGGUAAGAGAUAGAGCAAGGUCAGUUGGGGCAGGGAAAUGUCCCGGGUUUUUCUUUUGUUUCGCAAGUUUUUUUUUUAAACACAGUCCCAAACUCCGAAAGGUGACUUCAUCAGUUAGGAAUUUAUUCUGUCAUCUGAAGAUGUGCGUUUCUGUUUGCUUUGAGGACUCUGAUGGGAGGAUUGCUCGUUCGCUUUCGCUCUCAUUGUUGGCUGCUUCGGCGACCGCCUUGCUUUGGGUCGCGUCACUGAUUGACAGACGCAGGUUCCCCACCCCCCUAAGGUGCGGCACGUGAUGGACAUCUGACACCCCGGAGCUCCGAGAGGUUUAUUUUUUCUUCCGGGGUGGGGGUGGGGAAAGAGAUACAAGUUUGCUCCCACAUCCCCAUACACACCACCACCUCUUUCCACUUCUUCAACAUCACCCGCUUAUCUGCAAGCCCACGACAGCAAGUCACAGCUCGAUAAAACAAAUAAAGAGUGCAGCCUGGCCUUAACUGGUGCAAACCUUGUUUCUCUUUCUCUGCGCCUGCGAAUUUCCGGUCAUUAAUUGCCAUGAUUUAUAGGGCUGAUGUUUUUUUGGAGGUAGCUUCACAUGUGGUUGGGACCCUGCCUUAGAUCCAGCCCCCCUCUCACAUUACAAACUAUUUAUAUAUCUUCCACGAUUUCCCCCUGAAAGCCAGCUCCCUGGGACAACGUGCGAUUGGCUCUACUUGUCAACCCCGAAAAUCAGGGUUAACUGGAGUGUGUGUGUGUGUCUUUACUCAAAGGGCUCCGGCUGUUAAACAGCGAUUGAUCCAGAUCGCUUUUAAAGAGCCCUGUUUUUUUUCCCCCUGGAAGCUGUUUACUUUGAAAUCGAAGGUGCUUUGGAUAUAAUUCCAGCCGCUUGGAAUCUGAAACCCCGCUCCCAUGGAUCAUACAAUAUUUAGCUGCCUGCGCAGCUCCCAUGCCCCUGCACAGAACCUGCACCACUUCUCUCAGUCUCCACUGGCUCUCCAUGGAAGAUCAGACCAUGUGGCUUUUCCAGACCUGUCUCCUUCUUCUUGUAUCAUAACGGGAUUUCCUAAUGAAGAAAGCAUGUUUACAGCCCAGCGUCAUCAUCAUCACCUACAUCACCACCACCGAGGCCAUCCCCAGCACCAGCCCCAGCCCCAGGCACCGGCCGCUAGCCAGGCGACAUGGCACAUCCCUCAGAUCUCCUCACCCCCUCCCCUGGCGCGGCACACACUCUGUCUCCAGUCAGAAUCCGGGCCCCCGGAACUGGGCUCCAGCCUGGUGGACAGCAGUCCCAGUUUGACCCCCAGCAACCCGCCCUGUGUGUCGGGGGAUUACGGGAGGCCGGGGGUCACCCCAGUGGAGACAGAGAAAAGGAAUUCCAAGAGGAAAAGUGACGGCUCAGGUAAGCAACCCCGGCUUAGCCAUUAA